GUGUUAUGGCAUUUUGAGCUUAUGGCGAAUGCUGUGACGAAAGAUCGAACAACGAACAUGCGAUGCUAAAAAAAUUCGUCCAUUCGGAAAUCUUGUUUCAUGUAGUCAGUUUUGUAAAUUGCACGUUUUGUGGCGAAUUUAUCUAAUUCAAAAUGGGUCGUGUUAGAACGAAAACCGUCAAAAAGGCCGCUCGUGUCAUCAUUGAAAAGUAUUACACUAAACUGACGUUGGAUUUCCAUACCAAUAAAAGGAUCUGCGAAGAAAUCGCCAUUAUUCCAUCGAAACCAUUGAGGAAUAAAAUUGCUGGAUUCGUAACACAUCUUAUGAAGAGGUUACGACACAGUCAGGUUAGAGGUAUUUCCAUCAAGUUACAAGAAGAAGAGAGAGAACGUAGGGACAAUUAUGUGCCGGAAGUAUCUGCUUUGGAACAAGACGUAAUCGAAGUCGACUCCGAUACCAAGGAGAUGUUGAAGAUGCUGAAUUUUUCGAAUAUUUCCGGACUCCAACUGGUACAGCCGUCGGCUCAACAAUUCACGAGACGUGGUUGAUAAUUUUAUGUUGCGUUAUUAUAUCCUUAUUUUUUUUUAAAUACAGCUGUGUAUAGAA